GGCUGUCAAAAUGUGGAAGUAGACUCAAUUCUGCGGAAAGCUAUCGGCAGUUGUCCAGAAGCUCUUAUUAAAAUGGGUAAUGUAAAUGUCAGAUGCCUUCUAGACACUGGUGCAGAGGUUUCCACCAUCACGGAAACAUUUUACAAAACCAAUUUAAAAGGUAAGGCAGGGGUGAGGCUGGAACAUGAGGCAUUACAAAGACAGAAAGGCCGGAAUGCCAAGUCAACAACUUGUGACAUCCCACUUGGUGGUCGUGUGUAUAUAAAAAAUCACCACCAGGGUAGACAUAAAAUGCAGGUUGUUUGGAAUCCAAAACCAUACAGAGUGGUUGCCAAACCCAAUUCUGAUGGCCAUGUCUAUACUCUGGAGCUCAUGGAUGGGGAUGGUUUUCAGAAAAAUGUCCACCGAUCAGAGAUUUUAGAUUCCAAAGACAUUGUGGUUACUGAGACAGUGCCAACAGUCAUACCUGUCGAAGUAUCUUCUGAUAUCCAGUGUGACGACCAUCCACAGGAUAUGGACAUUCCUAUCCUGAAUGCAGUAGCUCAGGCACUGAAUUCUCCAGAUCCAAGCAGAAUGCACGAAUUGGAAAUUGAGAAUGCCAAUGAUGAGAACCUGCUUUCUCCACUUCCAUUGGAUGAGGUUGUUGACAUGAUCUCAGCUCCUGUCUCAUUUAGUUCCGGUACGGACAAUGAGGUUGAGGAGGAUGUAGUUAUCAUAGUCCAACCACCAGCCGACAGAAGAGAGGAAACACCUCCAUCUUUGGUGACUACACUGGCUCAGCCCCAGCCACAGAGAUAUUCUACAAGGUCGGGUGCUGGACAGCAUAGUAACCCUCAUCGUCUACCAGUUUCUACAGUUGUACAGGAGAGAGCAGCAGUAUCUACAUCAGCCAGCUCGCCACAUGCUCAAGCCAUAAGCGAUUUGGCUCAGAACCAGGUGCUCUUGGCACAGUUACUGUUGCAGGGGCCGCAGUGA